AUGGCUUCCAGUGGCACUGGCGGUAAGGGACUCGGCAAAGGGGGCACAAAGCGUCAUCGUAAGGUCCUUCGCGAUAACAUCCAGGGAAUCACCAAGCCAGCUAUUCGCCGUCUGGCUCACCGUGGCAGUGUUAAGCGUAUUUCCGGCCUGAUCUACGAAGAGACUCAUUGUGUGCUGAAAGUCUUCUUGGAGAACGUCAUCCGCGACGCCGUCACCUACACCGAGCACGGCAAAAAGACCCUCACCGCCAUUUAUGUGGUGUAUGCUCUGAAACGCAAGGGGCGCACUCUGUACGGCUUCGGCGGAUAA